AUGGCGACCCGGCGCGCGACGUACGAGCGGCGCUGCCAGAGCCUGAUGAAGAAGGCCAGCGAGCUCGCCGCGCUCCCCGGCGCCGAGGUUUGCGUGGUGGUGUACGACAGCGAGGACGCCGGCGCUGCCGCGGCGCAGCCGGAGGUGUGGCCCUCCGCCGAGGAGGCCGCGCGGCUCUUCAGGAAGCUCAAGGCCAUGCCCGAGGGCAGGUUCAAGAAGACCAUGAGCCAGCUGCAGUUCCUCCAGAACCGCGUCUCCAAGGUACGUGAGCAGGUGAAGAAGUCGGCGGUCGUGAACGGCGAGCUCGAGUCCUCGGCGCUCCUCCAUGAGUGCGUGGCCGGGCGCCGCCCCGGCCUCGUCGGCGUCACCGAGAAGGAGCUCGCCGGCCUUAUGGAUUUGGUGGAGGCCAAGAUGAGCAAGGUGAGAGCACGCCUGCAGCAGCUUGGCGUCGGGGAAGGUGCACACCCACGAGCGGCGCCGCCGAUGGAGAACGGAGGGGAGCUUGGCGCCGUGUUCUGCAGUGCCUUCGAAGGUGGCGACGGCGCCGGCCCGAGCGGCAGUGGAUGUGAAGCGAUAGAGGCUUCCAAUCAGGGCUGCGACUUGGGGUCCCCAUGGGCUCAGGAGUGA